GUUCAGAGAUACAUCUACUAUCCCUGUCAAAUGGAACUCGAGGAGGCUGUUAUGAACAAACCGGAAAGAGCCUUGUCCUUCAUUCUAGCCUACUUGAAGUACCGUGGACCAUUCUUCACCUGGGUAAUGCGCAACGGAGAAGACGGUAGGGCCGCUGGACGGUUCCUAUCCACGCAUGCUCAAUUCAUGCUUACCCAUCUGCCGGACCUAGACUUCAGCGCCGCAAUUCACAUUGGCCGUCACCUAAACUAUCUGCUCACUGUUUCUCAUGGCCACAACAUCCACUACUUGAAGAAUAUCAUCGCCAAAGUCUGGGGUCCGCUUUAUUUGCACGUUGAUCUUGAGCGUAUCUCCUAUCCGAUGAAGCGACUCAGUGAACGUGAGAAGGUCCACCUGGCUACUGAGGUAAGCUGGGAGUCCUGUUAUAAAAAGUUAUUUAGCGAUUAUUUGGCAUCAAUGGGAGACAUCAGAAGCUGA